AUGGCCUCUCUGCUCCUUGGCUUGACAGAAGAGUCUGGCCUGAGCCCUGGGGAGUCUGAACUGGCUGUGAACCCCUUUGACGGGCUUCCCUUCUCCUCCCACUACUACGAACUGCUUGAGCAGCGCCGAGCCUUGCCCAUCUGGGCUGCUCGCUUUACCUUCUUGGAGGAGUUGGAGAGUAGCCCCAGUGGAGUGGUGAUUGUGUCUGGAGAGCCUGGCUCUGGCAAGAGCACCCAGAUCCCUCAGUGGUGUGCAGAGUUUGCACUGGCCAGGGGAUUCCAGGAAAGCCGGGUAACUGUCACUCAGCCCUACCCGCUGGCAGCCCUGAGCCUGGCCCUGCAGGUUGCUGAUGAGAUGGACCUGACCCUGGGUCAUGAGGUUGGAUACAGCAUCCCCCAGGAGGAUUGCACUGGGCCCCAAACCCUGCUCAGGUUUUGCUGGGACAGGCUGCUUCUUCAGGAGGUGGCCUCGACCCGGGGCACCGGAGCCUGGGAUGUGCUGGUACUGGACGAGGCUCAAGAGCGGUCAGUGGCCUCAGACUUACUCCAGGGGCUGCUGCGAGAUGCCAGGCUGGGGAACCUCCCAGGCGACCCCAAAGUGGUUGUGGUCACUGACCCAGCCCUUGAACCCAAGCUCCAAGCCUUCUGGGGCAAUCCUCCCAUUGUACGUGUACCCAGAGGGCCUGGCAGGUGUCCCACUCCCAUCUACAGGGACACUGUCCCUACUGAUCGAGUGGAAGCUGCCUGCCAAGCUGUGCUUGAAUUGUGUCGAAAGGAGGCUCCAGGAGACGUGCUAGUGUACCUGCCCAGCGAGGAGGAAAUUUCCCUGUGCUGUGAAUCCUUGUCCAGGGAGGUAGGGACCUUGGCAAUCCAAGGACCUCCACCACGGGUGCUGCCCCUUCACCCAGGCCAUGGUCAAGCUGCUCAGGCUGUGUAUGAAGACACAGACUCAGGUGCCCGAAAGAUUGUGGUCACUCACUGGCUGGCUGACUUCUCCUUCUCCCUCCCUUCCAUUCGACAUGUCAUUGACUCAGGACUGGAGCUUCGAAGUGUGUACAAUCCUCAGAUCCGAGCAGAAUCCCAAGUGUUGAGACCAAUCAGCAAGUGUCAGGCAGAGGCAAGACAACUACGGGCAAGAGGGGCCCCUCCAGGAUCCUGCCUCUGCCUGUAUCCUAAGUCCUUCCAAGAACUAGAAGCUCCCCCAUUGCCCCAACCCAGGGUGUGUGAGGAAAAUCUGAGCCCCCUGGUAUUACUGCUGAAGAGGAGACAGAUUGCAGAGCCAGGGGAGUGUCACUUUCUGGACCGGCCUGCUCCAGAAGCACUGAUGCAGGCCCUGGAAGACUUAGACUACCUGGCAGCCCUGGAUGACAACGGACACCUGUCAGACUUAGGUGUCAUCCUAUCAGAGUUCCCCCUGCCCCCUGAGUUGGCCAAAGCCCUGCUGGCUUCGUGCGAGUUUGAAUGUGUGGAUGAGAUGCUCACCCUUGCUGCCAUGCUCACUGCUGCCCCCGGGUUUACCCGUCCUCCACUCUGUGCAGAGGAAGCUGCUUUACGCCGGGCCCUGGAGCAUGCGGACGGUGACCACAGUUCCCUGAUCCAGGUGUAUGAAGCCUUUCUACAGAGUGGAGCAGACAAGGCUUGGUGCCAGGCUCGGGGUCUAAACUGGGCAGCACUGUGUCAAGCCCAGAAACUUCGAGGAGAACUCCUAGAACUUAUGCAACGAAUUGAACUUCCCUUGUCCCAACCAGCCUUUGGCUCUGAGAAGAAUCGCAGAGACCUUCAGAAAGCACUGCUGUCUGGAUACUUCCUUAAGGUGGCCCGAGACACGGAUGGGAGUGGAAAUUACCUGCUCCUAACCCAUAAGCAUGUGGCCCAGCUCUCCCCAUACUGCUGCUACCGAAGCCGCCGGGCUCCAGCCAGGCCCCCACCGUGGGUGCUUUACCACAGUUUCUCCAUUUCCAAAGACAACUGCCUUUCCAUUGUUUCUGAGAUUCAACCACAGAUGCUGGUGGAGUUGGCCCCUCCAUACUUCCUGAGUAACCUGCCGCCCAGUGAAAGCAGAGACUUCCUGAACCAGCUGAGGGAAGAAAUGGCAGAUUCUUCAACAGAGAGUGAAUCCUCCUCCACCCAAGAGUUUGGAGAUGCCUGUGUCCUGCAGUGACCUGCCUAAGGAAUGGAGCAGAACUCAUCUCAUUGUAUUGAGUCCUUCCUCACUCUGGCACCAAGGCAGCCAGCCAGAUUUAAAAGCUGAAAGUUGCCCUGCGGGUGUGGCUCAGAGGUUGAGCAUAGACCUAUGAACCAGGAGGUCUAAGUUCGGUUUCCAGUCAGGGUGUGUGCCCGGGCUGCAGACUUGGUCCCCAGUAGGGGGCAUGCAGGAGGGAGCCAAUCAGUGAUUCUCAUCAUUGACGUUUCUAUCUCUCCCUCUCCCUU